AUGACCCCAAGGCAACUAUACGUUUUCAAAAACAUCCGCUUCGGAGCCAAGCCCGUCCGGUUUGCAGCACCUAGAUACCCAACUAACCUAGACUCUUCCAUCCAAGAUCCCACCUACGGGCCGGCAUGCUACCAGAUCCAGCCAAAGGCCCUCAGCAACCCUCCAGGCGGCUCACACAGCAUCAAGGCUCCUCGCAAUGGCCUGGAGCAGCCCAACCCUGGGCUGUACGACCAGGCGCUGCUGUUGGACUGGGUCCAGAAGUACGUCGGCCAGGCGGGCGGCGAUGCCAGCCAGGUCAGCGCGUGGGGCGAGUCCGCCAGCGCCGGCUCGAUCCUGCACCAUCUCGUCCGCGAGGGCGGCACGGUGAACCCGGGCUUCAAGACCUUCCUAGCACAGAGCCCCGCGUUCGAGUGGUCGUGGGAUAAUAGCUCGGACGGGACGCUGGACACCAUAUACAGGGACUUCUCUGGCCAUGCAAAGUGCGGCUUCCGCUAUGAGAUUGAGUGCCUGCGUGGCGCGAGGGUCGAGGAUCUUGCGAGCGCCAACCAGAAGCUUUUCGAUGUCGUGCAUCAGACUGGCCUCUUCCCUGUUGGGCCUUCGGUCGACGGGCGAUACCGGUGCGGUAUCACUAGAGCGCUCAUCUCGCACGUAUCCGACGAGACGGCGUCGUUCACUCCGGCCUACGUCGUCUCGGGAAACCCUAGCACCGCGUCCACCGGUUCCAUCCACUAG